CUGUACAACUUCUACGGCUCCACCGAGGUGAUGGGCGAUGUGACCUACUUCGCCUGCGAGAGCAAGAAGCAGCUUAGCAUGUACGACAAUGUGCCCAUAGGCGUACCCGUAUCAAACACUGUUAUCUAUCUGCUGGAUGCGGACUAUCGUCCGGUCAAAAAUGGAGAAAUAGGCGAAAUCUUUGCUUCAGGUUUGAAUCUGGCUGCGGGUUAUGUGAAUGGUCGUGAUCCGGAACGCUUCCUCGAGAAUCCGUUAGCUGUGGAGAAGAAAUAUGCGCGUCUGUAUCGUACCGGUGAUUAUGGCUCGCUGAAGAAUGGGAAUAUCAUGUAUGAAGGACGCACUGACUCGCAAGUGAAGAUACGCGGGCAUCGGGUCGAUUUGUCUGAGGUGGAGAAGAUCGUGGCCGAGCUGCCACUGGUAGAGAAGGCCAUAGUACUUUGCUAUCGGGCCGGACAUGUGGAUCAGGCCAUCCUCGCCUUUGUCAAGCUGCGCGAUGAUUCACCUGUGGUCACUGAGAUGCAACUGGAAGGCAGGCUCAAGGAUAAGUUGGCUGAUUAUAUGACACCACAGGUGAUCAUUAUGGAGCAUGUGCCGCUCUUGGUUAAUGGCAAGGUGGAUCGCCAGGCCCUGCUAAAAGCCUAUGAGACGGCUAAUAACGAUCAAGGAGGCUCGGCUAGUGUUCCCGACUUUGACUACAGUCACGUUCCCGAGGAGCUAAAAUUGACGGCUCGUGACCUCUUUGAAACCGUGAGCACUGUCAUUGGACGUUCUAGGCGAGCAACGCUCUCAGCUCAUAGCAACUUCUACGAGCUGGGUGGCAAUUCACUCAACUCCAUCUUUACCGUCACCCUACUGAGGGAGAAAGGCUACAAAAUUGGAAUCUCUGAUUUCAUAGCGGCGAAAAAUCUGGGAGAGAUCAUCGAAAAGAUGGCUAGCAACCAUGACGCAGUACAACUGGAAGAGGAGACGCUCAAUGCAUGCCCGCACCUUCAAAUGGAGGCGGUGCUGCUGCAAGAAGAGCAUCAUCAGCCUGUGACAUUAUUGUAUCCAGUUUCCACAACAAAGGUGAUCUGGAGCAAUGGCUAAAGCCUGGUGCUUUGUCCACAGAUUACAGUGAUCUACUCGAUGAAAUGUGGAGCGUCCUGGUAGAACGUGAAUUGAGCUUUGUGGUAUACGAUCGAAAUACGGAACGUAUCAUCGGCACCGCGCUCA